AUGGGCGUUCUCAGUAACGACGAGUUUUUCUCGCGCCUCGGCGAACUGUUUGAUGCCCAGAAGGGCAAAGAACAUGGCGCAAUUUACCUCAGCCAGAGGCGUUUGGCUCGGGGAGAAGGCGGUGCGAGCUUGCAUAUCUCUGGGAAACCGGCAGAUGCGCCCCAGCCGCUGAUUAUUCGAGCGAGUAACGGGAAGUCCAAGAAGCUCCGAAAAUAUAAGAUACGGCUGUCAACAACCGCGGAUCCAGAUGAUUUGGAGGCAUUCUAUGCUAGAUAUGCCGAGACGUGCAAGGCAGGAAUGACGCUGCUGAAGCCCCGUGACAAAAGUAAGAAGAAGGCCAAGGCUAAGAAGAAGAAGGCAGCCACAGCAGCCACCACUACAUCGUGA